AUGGCUCCACCAGCCCCCGCUUUCACUGCUGCUCAGCAAGAGCUGAUCAACCAAUCAAUUCUGGCUGCAAUUGAAAAAGCUUUAGCCUUAUACGCUGCCGAGCCAGCCAAGCCUGCUAUUGUUCAGCCUCAGCAUACCCAUAUCGCUUCGGCAGCUGACUUGCAACCAAUGCCCGAGUACUACCGGUACCUGCCCAUCUUGGACCCUUCGGUACCUCUCGUCGAGCAUAACAAGGUCAAGUGGCCCCGCUCUCAAUUUAGCGACCAUCGAGGUGAUGUUGAAUACGACGCUUGGAAAAUGGACAUGAAAUUGUUCCUUGAGGACUACUCUAGCAAUUUCCUUUCUGGUCCAUCCCAAGUCAAAGCUUAUUUCAAGUGCACUUCUGGAGAGGCGAAAUCAAUGAUCUUCGAGCAUAUGUUCCCCGAUUUCGCCGACACUUGCACUAAUGCUGCUGAUGUUUUGCGUAUACUGGACUACCGUUUUCGCGAUCACAACCGCGUGCAAGCUGCCCGCAAGAGUUACUAUCAGCUUACCAUGGGACGCAUAUCCUACGAUGACUUCCGAGUCAAGUUUACUACGUAUGCUAUCACCGGCAAGAUCUCUCGAGCUCGAUGGUUCGAGGACGUUUGCGAAAAGGUUUCCCCAGCUCUCAAAACCCAUUUGAUGGUCGAGAAGUAUAAGAUGCACGGAAGCUACGAGCGCCUCGACGAGUACCUGGCUAUUAUUGACAAAGAGUCUCGCAAUAUCAAGUCCGAAGAAGCUCAAUCGCCAAUCAUUCAACCACAAGAUCAGCGCACCUUCUUCACUCAGCCUUCCGACAUUGACGAUUCUGACGAUAACGAUUCCCCACCUCGCUCUGCGUUAGCCGAGCAACCUCAAAACGAGAGCCAUAAAGAUUAA